CAACAGCAGCCAUGGAGAUGUCCUACUGCUCUACUCUCCAGCUCCAGGAUGACUCUUUCCUGUUUGACUGCGGGUCCCUGCUGGAGAAAUCUUAUGAUCCUGUGGCCUGUGAUCCAGCCUUGGACCCUGGUUACUUCAGCGCAGGCAGCAGCUUGUCUCCCACCUCGUCUGUGGACUCCUUUAGCUUCUCCCCCACCUCCCUGCAGGCUGCAGGAACUGAACAAGACGCCUUGGACUGUUUCAUCUUUGGCAGCCCCGAGGCACCUCGUCUUACCCACGAGACGCAGACUGUACCCUGCUCCAGACCCAUGGCGACCUCCUCCACCACAAAGAAAUCAAGGUCCAGGUAUCCGGGGAAGAAGCGCCAGACGGCCAGCGAGAGGGAGAAGCUGAGGAUGAGGGAUCUGACCAAGGCCCUGCAUCACCUCAGGACGUACCUCCCACCCUCAGUGGCCCCCGCAGGACAGACCCUGACCAAGAUUGAGACGCUGCGCCUGACCAUCCGCUACAUCUCCUACCUGUCGGCCCAGCUGGGCCUCAGCGAGGAGGUGCUGGAGCAGAGGAGAUCCACUGGUUUCAUGGAGCAGCCCCAAACCCUCAACCAGUUCCUGGAUCAGCCAACAGCCAGCUACAGACCACAGGAAUCAAGCUGCAACACCAUGAGCACAGCACAGCCGUCCUCUCUGCAGCAUGCAUAUCAGGUUUCUAGUGGACUUUGCUUCACCAGCGAGCAGUACUGGAUGCCACAGUAA